UCAAAACUGUCAAAUACAUGGUUAUGUUUUUACCGUAACAUUUUCAAAAAUUUCAAAAUAUUUACAUAAAAAGUCAACUUUUCUUAAUGAUUGAGUUCUAGUGUAAGAUAAAAAUGAUACGACGAUUUUAUCAUGUUUCCUGUGUCGCUUUUAAUGUGAAAAAACAAGGCAUUAAACUUUGUAAAAUGAUCAAUCCUAAAGCAAAAAAGCAUUUCUUUCCAGCUACGUUUGAUGAUAAAAAUAAUAGUAUGCCAAGUGUUAAGAGUUUAACUAAGGUCAAGCAUGAGCCCGGUAAACGUGGUGAACGGCGAAUGGCUAUGCUGAAUAAGAUGUUCAUGAAAAAUAUUACUGACCUAAUGUCUACAGGAACCUUGGCAAUGAAUGUAGUUGGUCGCGGUAUUGAAAUAUCUAAAGUAAAGGUAACCCCAGACUUCCAGACAGUGAAUGUGUUUUGGGUAUGCAAGGGCAACUCCACAGACGUACAGACAGAAGAGGUGCUGAACAAGGUAGCUGGGCCUUUAAGAGCUGAGCUGUCCAGUCUGCGGGUAAUGGGUGUGGUACCUUACAUCAAUUUUAUUAAAGAUCGGCAAGAGGCACUGAUAGUGGACCUGGACCGGCGGCUCGCCAACGCGGAUUAUGGGGAAGACUAUGAACCUACAGACUUAGGCCAUCUGCUCAGGACAGAGUUCACACUCAAUACUAAAUUAUCUCCAGAAAUGAAGGCAAAAAUAAAACAAAUAGAAGACCAGCUACCAAUAGAGGAAGAAAUAAUACCAGAGAUGACCAACAACGUCUACGGUUUAGACCACGCGAAGAUCAUGAGCCGACUCCUAGCGGCUAGGAAAAAGAGUGCAGACGCGUGGAGAAAUGUGGACAUGGACAACAAUGUGAUAUCGUAUAGGACGCCGGCCGAGAAGCCGGUGGAAGAAGAGAGCGGGAACCAGAAGCAGGAGUUAGCCGCGUUCCUGUUGAAGAGACAGAUUCAACAAAACAAACUUCACAAAGAGCUGCGCAGCGCACGCGAGAACGCAGUAUUAGACGACCGAGAGCGAAAUAUACACGAAGAAGAAUAUUGGACCGACGACGAACAGUACGAGGAAUAUGAUGAUGAUAGCUUCUACAAAGACUUGCGGCGGUCAGAACAGGACCCGCGAUGAUGUUAGUCCCUUUAUUAUUUAAUUAUAGUAGCUAGUCAAAAGUUCAUGACUUUUUAUUACAACAUAGUAUUAAGAGCUGAAUAUUCACGAAGAAUAAUAUUGGAUCGUCAACGAUACUAUUCGGCACGAGGAAUAUGAUAAUGAUAGUUUCUACAAAGACUUGCGGCAGUCAGAACAGGGUCUGUGAUGUUAGUUUCUUAACUACCUAUUUUAUUAUAGUAGUUAUUGUACUUAUUGUGUUCAGUGCUAUGAAGAGGAGAAUCCACAUAAUGGAGUUAGUACGGCAGUUUAGCUACUA